AUGGUCAAUGCAGUAUUACCAUUCCAGAAUGGUCAAUGUAGUAUUACCAUUCCAGAAUGGUCAAUAAUAGUCAAUGAAGUGUUACCAUUCCAGAAUGGUCGAUGUAGUUUAACCAUUCCAGAAUGGUCAAUGGAGUGUAACCAUUCCAAAAUGGUCGACAGGAAGUUGUCAUUCCAUAAAAGAAAAUGUAGUGUUACCAUUCCAGAAUGGUCAAUGAAGUAUUAUCAUUCCAGAAUGGUCAAUGUAGUAUUACCAUUCCAGAAUAGUCAAAGCAGAGACUCUCACAUAAUACAGUUGUCUGCUGUCAACAGCCAAAACACUAAAUUCAAUAGAUACAUAAAACCAGCUAGACCAAUAUUACCCCAAGCCUCAGAAGUGACUGGUUUGAAGUUUCAAAAUGGGAAAAUGUACCAUGACGAUAGAGAAGUUCAGAGUAUUGGAAUUUCUAAUGCCUUAACAGCUUUUAUUCUCUUUCUGAAAGAAAUUCAUAACACCGUACUUGUUGGGCAUAACUCCAAAACUUUUGAUGUUCCAAUAUUAAUUAAUGCACUUGAAAAAAAUGGUCUACUUAAUAACUUUAUGUCAUCAGUGAAAGGAUUUAUUGACACACUUCCUCUUUUCAAAGAGUGUAUACCAAAUCAACCGUCAUAUUCACAGCCAAAAAUUUAUAACACUUUAUUUGGUGAACUGUAUAGCGCUCAUGAUUCAAUGGAAGAUGUUGUUGCUCUACGUCGCUUAUUUGAGAAAAUAUCGCCUAGUCUUGUAUUGAAAUCCAAAUUCUCUGGCACUUAUGAAUCUGUAAUGCAGUUGUAUCAACACAGAAACUGUACAAAAGGUUUGCUUACAACACUGAGACCUCUAACAAAUAGCAAAACUAUAACGAACUGUAUGGCAACGAAAAUUGCUAGCAGUGGAUUAGGUCUAAGCCAUCUUAAACUGGCACAUAAAAGAGACCGACAACAAGGAAUAGAGAAUCUAUUUACAGAACUAUGUGGACAUCCAUCAAAAGCUCGUGUUACAAAGUCAAAAAAAAAUAAUACAGGCAACAUCAACCUAUCUGAAUGA